CAAAAGAUUUGGUGAAUGAUUUAUGGGGCUAAACUUGGUAAUCCCAAAAAGUCAAUAUUGUGUAAAGUUGAGAGAAAAGUCUUCACAGAGGAAGAAGAAAUCACUUUUUGUUCCGAAUCAGUUCCAGGUUUCUGUUCCUUUCGCUAUGGAUUGUCUUUCCUUGUGCACUGUUGUAAUGUUAUAACAACAGCACAGCGCACAUGCCUGAACCUCACAAUGGUAGUCAUGGUGAAUAGCACAGAUCCACAUGGUUUGCCCAACACCUCCACAAAGAAGCUCCUGGAUAAUAUAAAGAACCCUGUGUAUAACUGGAGCCCAGAUAUCCAGGGAAUCAUCUUGAGUUCCACCUUCUAUGGUUUCGUCAUCAUCCAAGUUCCUGUUGGAUACUUCUCUGGAAUAUACUCUACAAAGAAAAUGAUUGGCUUUGCAUUAUGCCUCAGCUCUGUGUUAAGCCUACUCAUCCCACCAGCAGCUGGAAUUGGAGUAGCUUGGGUCAUUGUAUGUCGAGCAGUUCAGGGAGCAGCCCAGGGGAUAGUUGGAACAGCCCAGUUUGAAAUAUAUGUCAAAUGGGCUCCUCCCCUGGAACGAGGCCGACUUACUUCUAUGAGUACAUCAGGGUUUUUGCUGGGACCCUUUAUUGUCCUACUUGUGACUGGAGUUAUCUGUGAAUCUCUGGGCUGGCCCAUGGUCUUCUAUAUUUUUGGUGCUUGUGGCUGUGCUCUAUGUCUUCUCUGGUUCAUUCUGUUUUAUGAUGACCCCAAGGACCACCCAUGUAUAAGCAUCAGUGAAAAGGAAUACAUCACAUCCUCCCUGGUCCAGCAGGUCAGUUCAAGUAGACAAUCUCUGCCUAUCAAGGCUAUGCUUAAAUCGCUUCCAGUCUGGGCUAUUUCCAUUGGUAGUUUUACUUUUUUCUGGUCACAUAUCAUCAUGACACUAUACACGCCACUGUUUAUCAACUCCACGCUUCGUGUUAAUAUAAAAGAGAAUGGGUUUCUGUCUUCCCUCCCCUAUUUGUUUGCUUGGAUCUGUGGUAACCUAGUAGGUCAGUUAUCAGACUUCUUCCUGACCAGGAAUAUUCUCAGCGUAAUUGCUGUCCGGAAACUCUUCACAGCAGCAGGAUUUCUCCUUCCUGCAAUCUUUGGUGUAUGCCUGCCUCACCUGAGUUCCAGCUUCUACGGCAUUGUCAUUUUCCUAAUACUUGUUAGUGCAACAGGCAGCUUUUGCUUGGGUGGAGUACUUAUAAAUGGCUUGGAUAUCGCUCCCAGAUAUUUUGGAUUUAUUAAAGCGUGUUCAACCUUAAGCGGAAUGCUAGGAGGACUAAUUGCUUCCACUUUGACUGGAUUGAUCCUUAGGCAGGAUCCAGAAUCCGCCUGGUUUAAAACCUUCAUCCUGAUGGCAGCCAUUAAUGUGACUGGCCUAAUUUUCUACCUUAUAGUUGCUAAAGCAGAAAUUCAGGACUGGGCUAAAGAAAGACAACACACACGUCUCUGAAGGUUUUGGAGAAUAUGACUUCGGAGGAGUUAAUCUGGACACCUACUAACCAGGUAAAGCCCAGUUUCAGCCCAACUUGCUAGAGGUCACUAUCCCAGUUAACACAGAAGACAGCAAUUGUUCUUUGAAAGGACUAGUGACACUUUUGGGUAGGGUUCAUAAAAAAAGAGUAUGUGGUGGGUGCAGGACCACAAAGGGGGGCUUUAUUUUCAUUUUCUUAAUAACGAGUUGGUUUACAAAGAAUGAGAAUUUGGUAACAGUACAAAAGGUAUGCCUUAUUAUUGCUGUGGAUAAAAUACAUUCUUAUUAGGGAGAGAGGCAGUAUCAAACUACUUGAGUGUCAAACCCCACUGGUAUGCCCUGUGUUUUUUUGCUUCGUUUGGAUUUGUUUUGUUUUCAGGAUACAACAUAGAUACAGAACAACUGAUGGAUGGUUUCAUACUGUGUGCCUGGACCUAGCAAAAUUUUGGAGUUGUUUGGAUCUUUUACAUAAAGAUUUUUGAGAAUAGGGAAGAGGAAGGAUGAUAAACUUGCACAGACAGCCAUAUUUAUUUUUAUGUCCAGAGGAGAGAAGUGUGAAAAAAUGCUUAGGAUAACCUAUCACUGAGGCAAGGAAGACAACUUGAGAAAAAUAUAAUACACGAGACCAUCUUUUUGAAAUGUUUAAAAGCUUUCUUAUGUCCUCUGGGUACAAGGACUCACCAAUGAUAUUUGUGUGCACUAUUUUUUUCUUUUUUUACAAAACUUAGUGUGAAAUAGAGCACUUGCAGAGCCUGGGACAACUUCCUUAUUGAAGGGAAGAAGGACCAGCACACAAGGCUAAGGCUGAGGGGCAGUCACUAGCACCAGGAAGAAGGUGGUAGGAAGAGUCCUAGGGGCUGGUUUUACCCUCCCACAUACCCUGUGUGCAUCGUUUUUUAACAUGUAUUGUUUGUAACAUGUAAUAUAUCUGAAUUUUAAAUGGGGAUGGUGAUUUAUCUCAGUCUUCCUCUCUGCAUCAGUUGCUUUAUAAAUGAUUGUUAAACCAAUAAACACACACAAGAUAAAAUUUUA